GAGGCGGCUACGAUGUCUCAAGAUGGCGGAGGCGGCCGAGCUGAAGCACAUGGUUAUGAGCUUUAGAGUGUCGGAGCUGCAGGUGCUUCUGGGUUUUGCGGGCAGAAACAAGAGCGGGCGGAAGCAUGAGUUGCUCACCAAGGCCUUGCAGCUGCUGAAGUCCGGCUGCAGUCCAGCCGUUCAGAUGAAAAUCAAGGAGUUGUACCGGCGACGGUUCCCCCGGAAGAUCUUGACCCCUUCUGACUUAUCCAUGCUCCACCUCCAGACAGGACAGCUGCCCUCAGCCACGGCUCUGACUCAGGGCGCCAUGUGCCACUUGCCCUACAAUAAUGGAUCGGUGACUUCCACUGUGCCGGCUGGUAUAUUGCCCCCGGUGCCUAUGUUGGGACCCAAACACGAGACGGAUGUUCCGCACUUGUCGCCCCCCAUCCAUCCGGUCCAUCCUGAUGUCAAAAUGAGGCGGUUACCCUUCUAUGAUGUCUACGAUGAACUCAUCAAACCUACCACGUUAGCUUCCGUGAACAGUCAGAGAUUUGAGGAGGGCCAGUACUCUUUUGUCCUGACACCUCAGCAGGUGCAGCAGAUCCUCACCUCUCGAGAGAUCUUACCUGGUACCAAAUGUGAUUACACCGUACAAGUUCAGUUAAGGUUUUGUUUGUGUGAAACCAGCUGCCCACAAGAGGAUUACUUCCCUCCUAACUUAUUUGUGAAGGUCAAUGGAAAACUUUGCCCCCUUCCAGGUUAUCUUCCUCCCACAAAAAAUGGUGCAGAGCCCAAGCGACCGAGCCGACCUAUCAACAUCACUCCUCUGGUGCGGCUGUCUGCAACAGUCCCCAAUAGCAUUGUGGUGAACUGGUCCUCUGAGUUUGGCCGGCUGGGCAAGAUGAAGCUGACUGUCCCUUGUCGAGCCUACACCUGCACUCACCUCCAGUGCUUUGACGCAGCCCUUUACCUUCAGAUGAACGAGAAGAAGCCAACGUGGACCUGCCCCGUUUGUGACAAGAAGGCCCCCUACGAAGCCCUGAUCAUUGACGGUUUGUUCAUGGAAAUCCUCAACUCGGUCACAGACUGCGAUGAGAUCCAGUUCAUGGAAGACGGCUCCUGGUGCCCCAUGAAGCCCAAGAAAGAAAACCAGGAGGUUUGCCAGCCAUCGGCUUACAGUGGGGUGGAAGCAAAUUCCUUGUACAUGGUGGGCCCUGAUGGGAAGCAGCUGGCUGAAAGCAAGAAGAAAGUGGAGGUCAUUGACCUGACGCUAGACAGUUCUUCAGAGGACGAGGAGCCCCCCGUGAAAAAGCAGUGCCCUGUCACCACGGCAGCCAUUCCGUCUGCAGCGGGACCCAAGGGGGUUUUAAGUACCGAUCACCAACCAUCCUCAGUCCUGCGGAGCCCCCCAAUGGCAGCUGUCGGCAGCGACUACCUAUCCAGCCUCCCGAUUCCUGACUACCACCCUUCUUACCAGGUCCCUUCAGAUAUCCAAGGUAAUGGUGUCUUCCUUUCUCUGCCCGAGGGUCAGUCGCAUUACAGCCCUUCCGUGAUCACCUCCCUGGAUGAGCAGGACACCCUGAGCCACUUCUUCCAGUACCGUGGCCCCUCUCCACAUUUCAUGAACCCCCUCGCUCCUGUCGUGGAGACAAAGAAACAGGCCAAAAUGGAGGUUGGUUUUGAAGUGGGACAGGACCCAGUGGUUGAGGUCGAAUCCCGCUCGGUACUGAAGAUGAAGGUCCCAGUGGCUUGGGAUAUGGAAGAGAGACAGCAUCUGAGGAGAGCGCUUGUGCCCAGCAGCACGCCCCAAGGUCACCAGGAGCAGUUUAUUACAGCCUGUAAAUUUUCAGCAGUGAUGCCCCCUUGA